UUCGUUUUGAAUUUGACGUUCAAGCAACAACGAACUUUCGCAGCUAACGCAACACAUCAUUGUUCUCGCGUGUCUUUGUCUCACAUUUUUUGUAGCCGUUUUUAUUUUCGUUAAUUUUGUGCAAAUUUUUUUUUUGUCAGUUGUUUGUUAAAAUGAAUGUUUACGAAUUUGAAAAAAGUCUUUUGGAACGGAUGGAAGAAUCGUGCAAUGUUCUCCAGUGCAAAGGAUCACCUGUUCCCGCUUCAGAUGUACGCGAAGAAUGGGCUUGUCAUGUUGAGCUAAAAAUUGAACCAGCUGGAUGGCAAGCCAUUUGGAAAAUGAACCGCGCAACAUGCGAACAAUACAAAAUCAAGUAUCCAACAGUUGUCCUGGGCACGGUAAACAAUGUCUACUUCCAAGAUUUGAUGGCUGAUUUUUCGAUCAGUGCCGUUCAAGAUGACGAUGUCCAUUUGCCCGAAAUUCACGAAGUGCCAUUGGAAGAUCUUUGGCCAACCGUUGAUCAGGAGAACAACGAAUUGAAUAUCGAACGCACGGCCGACUGCAUCGAUGAAUUGAGAUUUUUCUAUCGCAAUGUUUGGAUGCCGUGGGACAGUGACAGUGACGAGGAGGUCGAUUGGUGCAAAAAGCACUUGGAAUCGCGGAUUCGCUUUUGUUUCGAUUUGAAGCGAGGCAUGAAUUGCGGUAUGGCCGAUCACAUACGGAAGCUAUUGGCUGAAGCACGGUAUAUUCAGAAUAAGCGAGAAAUCAUGGAACUCGAAAUGAGUGACGAUGAAGAUGCUGAAGAAGAUCCCCAGAAAGUCGAAGGGUUGAUGCGUCUACAAUUGCGUAUGAUUGAAAUUCGCAAUGAAAUGGAAAUGCUGGAAAAUCCCGUCUUUCGUCGAACGUACGAAGACGUUCAUUUCAAAGCCAAAUCGAAUAACAACAAAAUCAAAUACGAUCAAAAGGCUAAUGUUCAUAUCGUCACGAAAGAAGACACAUUCACACGACAAAUGGAAUACUUGGAAGCAGCCAGAAAACUCAUCGGUGCUGAUGAAUUGGUCAAGUUUGUUCCAUCGUUGAAGGAUUGUCUGAAAACAUGCGCACCUCGUGACUACAUCUAUUUGCCACACGGUCGUCAUAGCAUCAAAUGGCUAGAGCCUUUGAAUGCGGGUGGUUUGAUAAAGGCCAUCUCUGGUGCAGAAAACAACAAGAUCACUUUGGAUAGCAACGUUCUUGAAUCAAAAGAAAAGGCCAUCGUCACAAUCGAAGAGAGUGAUAAUAUAUUUCUAUCGUUCAACGGUGACUACACAAUUGAGAAUGUAAUCAUCGAUUGUCGACAGGUUCGGAUUGGCAUUUGGACCAAAGGUGGAACCAUCACAUUGCGAAAUUGUCAACUCAUCGGUGAUCGUUCGUCUUCAACUGGAAUUGGAAUUGCAAUCGCUGGUGAUGCAAAGUGUGUUCUAGAGAAUACACUCAUCCAGAACUUUGCAACUGGCAUCUCAUGUGCCACUGGUGGUACAUUGAUCAUGAAUCAAUCGAAUGUUUCAAACUGUGGAACUGGUUUGGAAACAUUUGAUCCAACAAACAUUCAGUUUGUUACCGCUCAAAUGACAAACAACAGUGAUUAUGCCAUUUAUUUCAAAACAAAGGCAUCAAACAUUUUGAAUGGGGAAAAGAAGAAGAUUGCCACGAACUUGGACGAAUUGCGCAAGUUGAUACCAUCAAUUACCGUAAGCGGCGAUUGCACAUUCAGUGGCAACAAAAAGGGGAAUAUCGCCAUUGUGGAUCAUGUGGUUUCAUUGCAACAUUCCGAAUAUUUGGAAGAUAAUUACGAAGACAGCGGAUUUACAAAUACCGAUGUAAGAAUGCCAAAUGGCAAAAUACCAAAUGAUCUAUCAUCGCCCAUUUUAAUCGAUGACACAGAACAGUCGAGUCCAAUUAGUCGUAAUGCAUCGCACAAUGGAAGCUUUCAUCAGAACACAACCGCUGACAUCUCCAUCAUUUCCAUAGACUAAGGUCAUAGAUUACUAACACAUCAUCCACAUUUGCCAAAAAAAAAAACAAAUUUUCAAUCAUUUCUUUGUUCACAACUGUUGCCAUUCAUAGAAUCUCUAUUAAAGUCCAUUCUAACUAUA